AUGAACACAAUUGACCAGCUGUUCGAGCAGGACUUUAACGACGACUGGAAGAAGGAAUCGUCGCCCCAUGGAGACCCCUCCAACAGUCCCGAGCAUGGCAAGAGGGCUCUAGAGACGGAGCCGGCAUCUCCAGCCAAAAAGGUCAAGCUGGAGAAGGAUUCCGAGGACCAGGAAAUGGCGCGCAUGCUGGAGCGAGAUCUUGCGUACAAGUCGGAGCCCGACGACGUGAAUCUCGCCACUCCCAACUCUCUGACGCCCGGAUCCGAAUGCGAUGAUAAGGAUCUCAAGAAGGAGAUCAAACCCAUAGAGAUCAUCGAGAUCGAGGACGAUGACGAGGAGAAUAUCCACACGGUCUCUGCAGAGACCAAGAGGGAUAUCAAAACCGAGAUCAGCCCCGAACCCGUAAAGAUCGAAGAAAUCCAUAGCCCCCCCGACUCGGGCUCUCUGCCUGAGUUUCUUGCAUCGACUAUGGAUCUUCCACAACCCCCCUGCUACUCCUACAGCCACAUUCCCUCUGUGUCCUCGUCUGCCGCCUCGUCUGUUAGUCCCUCUAUGCCUCCCUCCACUCUUGCCUCCGCAACUGAGGAGCCCGAGUCCAAACAGAACAUGGACGAGUACCUGGGCAAGAUCUUCAACUUGUCUCCCGAAGACGACUUCUUUGCCACCGGAGGGUCAGACAACUCGGUCACAGACUCGUUUGCCUCCGUCAGAGAGCUCAAGCAGCAGCUCAUGUCGCAACACACCCUUAUGACGACAUACACGUCGCUCAAAGACGUGUACCAGCGAGUGUGCAAGUCUCUUAAGGAGCGCAACGCCGAGAACCGUCGGCUGGCCAACCACAUGAAGGUGCUGGUGGGAGUUAUCGAACAGAACAACAAGAAGAUUGCCGAAGUCGAAGACUCCAACAACAAGCUGCUGGCCCAGACCAAGACUCUCAUCAACGAGAAGAAGGCGCUGCAGAACACCAUCAAGGAGAUGCACAAGUCCACCGACGGACUGUCCAAGAUCGAGCUCUUGCGACUAACCAUUAAUCUCAGAGACGCCGAGAUUGUGCGACUCAAGCACAAGUGCGGUGAGCUCUGA